UAAAAAGAAUAGUGUGAAUGCUAUCAGUAAAAGAAGAAAAAAAAAAGAGUGGGCGACAUUUGGCAAACGUAAUAAAGAUUUUGGUAAUAAGAAACCCAUAAAAAUGCAUGAUGGACAGAAAAAUGAAUCUAAAUAUAAUGAAAG